AUGCGGCGCGGAGUAGUCAUCUUUAUUCUCGUCAAUGUCCUCAUCAUCAGUUUUCUUGUCAGGAGCGUCUUUACACUCCUGACACUUUUAAUUGAGGAUGCCUCGGCAGACGCUAUACACCGAUCCGAAAUUCCCUCGCCAAACUCGAGUCUGAUUGAGUCCAGGCCUCAACUAAUACCCAAGAUUAUUCACCAAACUUAUAUAAAUGAAUCAAUUCCCGAGCGAUGGAUUGAGCCUCAACGGUCAUGCAUUGAUCUUCACCCUGAUUACGAAUAUAUACUGUGGACAAAUGAAAAAUCGAGAGAGUUCAUCGCAGCAGAAUAUCCAUGGUUUUUGGAAACAUUUGAUGGCUAUACCUACCCGAUUCAGCGAGCGGAUGCUAUCCGCUACUUUGUGCUGGCGCACUACGGUGGUGUUUAUCUCGACUUGGAUGAUGGUUGCCACCGCCGUCUUGACCCUCUACUUUCUUACCCAGCAUGGGUCCGCAGAACGAAGCCGACUGGAAUUUCAAACGACGCUAUGGGCUCUGUUCCUCAACAUCACUUCUUCUUGAAGGUCGUCGAGUCUCUUCAAGCAUACGAUCGGCAUUGGGUUUUGCCAUAUAUUACAGUGAUGUACUCGACUGGCCCAUUGUUCUUAUCUGUGAUAUGGAAAGAGUACAUGCCCCGCUCCGUUGGCAUGGACAGAGUCCGUGUUUUAAUGCCCGAGGAAUAUAACGGAUUCUCAUGGAGUUUCUUCACCCACAAUGUCGGAAACAGCUGGCACGGAGCAGAUGCGCAAUUGAUCUUUUGGAUGUGCCGCUACUGGGUCUUGCUGACCGUCGCCGGCUUCACUAUUGCUGGCUGCGUUGGAUUUUGCAUGUGGAUAGUAUACGGACGUUUGUUAUUACUCGGACACCGUUACCGCUACUCCAGAAUCGCAUCCGGCUCUAUCUCAGCCCCCAAAAUACGCCGACGACCAUUUACCAUAAUGCCCAGCUUCUUCCGACGCAUAAGCGCGUCAUCAAUAUCAUCAGACGAAGAACUUGGUCGCAAAGAAGGCGCCUACUCUGAAUGA